AAGCAGCUCUUUCAGUAGUUUAGUUGGAAUAGGGUCCAGUAUGCAGCUUGAAUGUUAUGACCACACCUCAUCAAUAUAAAUAUUAUGGGGAGACCUAUAUUUUUGUCAACGCACAUACUUGGAUAAUAAUGACAAAACCAACAUCUCUAGUAAUACCCGUCCGAAUAGGGCUAUAACAUGUAAAAGAAUAGGCUUAUCAGCAUCGAGUGCGCAGUAUCAUCGCAUGGGAUCUGUGGAGGCUGCACACAGCAGAAAUAUCACGGAAAUAUUAUAGAUGUUACUUCUUACAUCACCUUCUAUAUUCAAACAAAAUAGUCCUUUAAUAUGCAACUGGGGGACAUCAUGCUCUUGCCAGUCCUCUGAAACGCAAAUAUAACCUUUCUAGUAGGACGCAACAAUGAGGUGUAUGUGUGUGUGCAUCCCAUUCAGCGUGUUUUUGGAGUUGAGCAAGAUUCGACUUCAAUCACAGGAGUCGGAGUCGACUCCAAAAAUCCUGAAGUCGCGCACCACUGGAACCGCGUUCAGCAGGACCAUUUUUUAAAAAUUGUUUUAUUUUAUUUAACCUUUAUUUAACUAGGCAAGUCAGUUAAGAACAAAUUCUUAUUUACAAUGACGGCCUACCAAAAGGUAAAGGUAAAUUGCACAGAGACUACAAUACAUCAUAUACAAAGCAGCUACAACUGUCAGUAAGAGUGUCCAUGAUUGAGUCUUUGAAUGAAGAGAUUGAGAUAAAACUGUCCAGUUUGAGUGUUUGUUGUAGCUUGUUCCAGUCAAGAUUUUGGCCAAUGUUCAGAUAGAAAUGUAUUAUGCAGAACAAACACAGCUAUCUCUUUAGGUGGUUUUACUGUUCUUUGUGUUGGGGAAUUUUCUGUUCUUAUUUAUUUUCAUUAUAUCUAAUUUAUUGUAUUUAUUUAUUUUCCUUAAUGUCCUUGUUUCUCAUCCAAUUUAGCUUUUAGUAUUUGGCAUUCCUAAAAUACAAAACCAGUGAUUGCUACUCUUAUCAUGUGAAUAAGGACUUUAGCCUUGUCAUAUUGCAGUUGCAUCUUAUGACUGUUUACAGCAGCAAAGCUUGAGAAUAGACAGUCUCAAAUCUUAUACUAGCCAAAAACUCAAUCACAACUUCUUGGCUGGAGAGUUGCUGGCUGCGUGACGUCUCGCUGAGCCAGCUUAGAGGGUGAGGUCAGGUCUCAGUUUCUUUAAGCUCCGGAACCCAGUCUCACCUUCAAAGUCCCAGAGUCUAUUUACCAUGCUAGGAGGGAAGAAGGUUCCAGAGGAAAGUGUUUCGGGUGGGCCACAGAAAGGAGAUGACCCUCCGCUGGUUGUCCACCCAACUUUGGAGACACCGUGUGAUGGGUCUCCUGCUAGCUUUGUGUGUCACCUUGUUACUCAUGCUCCUGGCUACUCAGUCAUUGCAGCAUCCAAGCCACUAUGCAGGGCACAAGGGCCAUAAGGUGGAGGAGAGGGGAGCACUUUCCGACAAUGCUCUUCCAAACUACCCCGUCCCAUCCCACACUGCCCCUAACAGGAGGAAGGCGGUUCAGACAACCAAUCUGCAGCAUCAAAGAGACCCCAAUGGGUACACCUUUAUGAGGACAAGGAGGAGCCCUCCACCUGUAGCUUUCCUCAAAACACACAAGACUGGAAGCAGCACUGUUCAGAAUCUGAUGUUCCGCCUUGGGGAGAAGGAGAACCUCACUUUCGCCUUCCCCUAUUACGCAUACCAGUUCAGCUACCCAGAUAGGUUCCGAGCAGACUUUGUAGAUGAGCUGCCACCGGGUUCCUCUCAGUUCGACAUGCUCUGCAGCCACAUGCGGCUGGACCUGGGACAGCUGAAACAGGUGAUGCCCAGGAACACCAUCUAUAUCACCCUGCUGCGUGAUCCUCUACAGACCUUUGAGUCCGUUUUCAGCUACUACACUUCCACUGUACCCGCCUUCACUCUAGCCAAAAAGGCAGCUGACACAGCUAACAGGAAGUCCGCCCUCUCGGUCUUCCUGGAGGCCCCAGAGUCCUACUGGGACCCUACAGAACCUGGGAAUGGCCUAGCCAGGAACCCUAUGAGCUUUGACCUGGGCCUCAGCAGCCAAGAGUGGAACGCAUCCUGGCCCAUGGAGCUGACUCAGCUGGAGGAGGCCUUCCAGCUGGUGAUGAUCGCUGAGCACUUUGAUGAGUCUCUGGUUCUCCUCGGGGCUCUGCUGCAGCUGGAGCCUGAGGAGCUGGCCUAUGUGCACCUGAACGUCCGCGCCCCAUCGGACAUCACCCCGCUGGAGGAUGACACCAAGGCCAGGCUCUGGGCCUGGAACAGUCUGGACGUGCUGCUCUACAACUUAUUUCUGCAGGUGUUCUGGGAGAAAGCUGAGCAGUAUGGCCUGGGGAGACUGAAAAGGGAGGUGGCCCUACUGAGGGCCUCCACACAGAGACUCAGACAGAAGUGUGUGGCCAGAGAAGGAGUCCCCCCUGGUGAGCUGGAGGACCUGGUCAGGCCCUGGCAGACCGACACAGUCACCAUCCUGGGAUACAAGGUACGAGGGAACCUGACUCUGCAGGAAGAGGGGCUCUGUGUGCGACUAGUGCUGCCUGAGCUACAGUACCACUCUCACCUGUAUUUCCAGCAGUAUGGCCAUGACAUGAGGUCCAUACCUACAGACUAAUGUGCAGCACUUUCCCUUUUAGAUACUACACCACUCAGAAUUUCUGCUUUUGAUGUACUUUUCCAAUAAACCAAAAAUACUAACAUUGUUAGGUCUCUUUCCAAAUGUAUUUUUAUUUUUUAAAUGUGGACCUUCUUGUUAAAGUACUAUAACGACCUUAAUUCAACUCCUAGCGACCUAAUCAAGAGAUGUUAGCCUCUUGGAAAAGCUAAGAGGCAUAGUUACGCCACUUCCUGUCGGAUUAUGGCUGAUCUUUUUACUAGAAGAUCAAGGAAAUUAUUUUAGCUAUAAUCAUAAAUUCAGUAAAUUAUUGGGAUUUUUUGGGUGGGGAGAAACCCCUCUUCAGUUAUCAAACAAAUGUAUUUAUAAAGCCCUUUUUACAUCAGCAGGUCACAAAGUGCUAUACAGAAACCCUACCUAAAACCCAAAAUAACAAGCAAUGUAGUAGCACUGUAAGGUAUCCUUUAAACAUAUAAUUCAAAUUUGUAUGGCCUAAACUAAAAUCAGUCUGAUGAAGUUGAGUGAUUUUAUUUAUUUUUUACUGAGCUUUUAUUGAAUGCAUUGUGCCACUCAUUUUCCAUGUAAAAAAAUAUUCAUCCCAAAAACAACAGGGCAAAUGCAACCCCAUAUUGCCCAGAAUGUUGGCUGAUAGCAAUUUAAAAAAUAUUAUUUUAUACUCUCCCCACUCAACCACAAAACCAACAUCUCUAAGACAAAUUGAUUCCUUCACCGGUUCCAUGUGCACAUCACAAGGUCUAAGGAAUCCAAUUUCCUAAUCCAUUCACAGAGCAGACAUCCUGUCACAUGACGUCAAACAGCAGCUCAGAGUCUAAUGCUGGACAAAGUAGUUCAACAAAAGGUUGUAGUGGAGAGGACUAUGGGAUGAGCAGCCUAUCUACACAAUGAUGAAAUGGGGUCAGUUAGUGUCUUUCAGCCAGGCAUAGAGUCACCC